UCUCACACCGUGGCCGUGAGGAUGUCGGCAACCUUCGCUGGGAGACAACUGCUACUGAGGGCCGUCAUCAAGUAGAAAAAGGGAAGACUUUGGUUAGCUCGUGGUCAUCUCUCUCUUCGAGGAGCGCGGAAGAACCGCCGGAGAUGGAGCCACCGAGGAGAGGUGGACCGGCGGUGGCGGUGAUGGGCAUGCUCGUUCUGGUGGUGGUGCUGUGCGGCGCGGCGGAUGGGUGGACCGGGGAAAUCCACGGGAGGGUGGUUUGCGAUGUUUGCGGGGAUUCCUCCAUAGGACCAGAGGAUCACGUCUUGGAAGGUGCUGAAGUAGCUGUUCUUUGCAUAACCAAAUCUCGUGAGGUUAUUAAUUAUCAGGCUUUCACAAGCUCGAAAGGCAUUUACACAGUGGCAGAGACUAUGCCGGAGAGCGACAGGUGGGAGUCAUGCUUGGCAAGGCCCAUCAGCAGCUACCAUGAGCAUUGCACUCGAAGGGGAGAUGCUCACUCUGGGAUCAAGUUCACUUACAAUUUAUCAUCUGGACAUUCUCAUACUGUCAAACCAUUCCUUUACAAACCUGCUUCUCUCCCAAUGUAUUGCAGCUGAAAUUUGUGCCGCAAGUUCGGAAACAUAGUGAAUGUAUAAUCCAAAGUCAUGUAUGUUGAUUGAGAGGGGGAAGAAGGCACCCUAAAUGCUGUAGAAACCAAGCUGGUUUUGAUGACUAAAUAAAAUGAAAUGGCUGAAUCUGCUAUAUUGGUUA